AUGACAAGUUAUCUAGGCAAUCACCAGUUUGGGGUAGGAAUCCCCUGCGGAGGUGAAGGCAUCGUACAUUCUGUCAACAGAUUGUUAGAGCUUAAAGGAGAUCAAAACACCACAACAAUGUUACUGAUCGACUUCACUAAUGCAUUCAACAUUGUCGACAGAACUGCCAUGCUCAACGAGGUGCGUAUCAGAUGUCCAAGCAUUUCGAAAUGGGUCGAGUUUUGUUAUGCACAUCCUGCAAAACUGUACUACAACGAAUCCAUCUUGUUUUCUGCACAAGGCGUCCAACAAGGAGAUCCCCUAGGUCCAUUGCUUUUCUCCCUGGUGCUCCAGCCUCUUGUAACCAAAAUAUCUUCCACUUGCAAGUUGGAUCUUCAUGCGUGGUAUCUAGACGAUGACACUCUAAUCGGAGACACAUUGGAAGUUCCAAAAGGCCUGCAGAUCAUACAACAAGAUGGUCCAGCAAGAGGAUUAUGCCUAAACAUCAGGAAGACUGAAAUCUAUUGGCCUACACCAGACCCAAGAUGCUGUGAAGAUGGUGUGUUCCCAUCUGCUGUUGGAAGACAUGUUGAUGGAGUAAAACUAUUAGGUGGACCUGUAAGUACAAACAACCAAUACUGCAGUGAUAUCAUCUCAGCCAGGAUUGAUAAGACUACACAUCUAAUGGACUGCAUUAAAAGGCUUAAAGAUCCACAAAGCGAGCUCUUACUCUUACGCAACUGUGCUGGUGUCUCAAAGCUUUAUUUCACGAUGAAAACAACCAGACCAAGUGUACUACAGCGUUCACGACUUCAGUUCGAUCAGCACCUUAUCCGUUACCUGCAGCAUCUAAUAACAGGAGAUGGACCAGGUUUCGGUCCACUACAGCAGAGGAUCGCUACUCUACCAUUUGCUGAUGGAGGUUUGGGAAUAUACACCAUGGCUGAUACCACCAAGUAUUGCUAUAUUGCAUCAUGCCUCCAAACAAGACAACUCCAAAGCUCCAUCCUUCAGUGUACGACAGACCCGAGUCCAAACUUCCAAGAAGCACUAGAUGAUUACGUAAGUACCUGUGACUUAUUCCCGGCUACUUUUAACAUUAACGAUUUCACCCCACAACCUAUGCAUCAACUGGCGAGUCGUUAUUUUGAAGUAGUCACUAGGAAUAUGCGCACUUCUUACACGUUAUCUACGAGGGACUCAAUCUUAUGGCAGUGUAACAAAAAACCACACGCACAGGAUUAUUUAAAAGCUAUUCCAAUUCAAGGUCUUAACCAGUCCAUCGGGCCACGUCAGUUCAGAUCAGUGCUUCAAUACCGUCUGGGUAUCCCCAUUUUUGAGGAGAAUAGUACAUGCUCAUGUUGUAAACGCGAAAUGGAUCGUUUUGGUGAUCACACAAUCCAUUGUGCAAGCGAAGUGGGCCUUAAAUACAGACAUGACAUGGUACGAGACCUCUUUGUGGAAUUAUGUUAUAAGGCCGGAGUGGCAGCCAGGAAGGAAGCUUCGUUAGGACUUACCUCCAACACGAACACACCCCUUAAACCAGCAGAUAUUAUGGUCUUCAAUUGGGAAAAUGGCAAAGAUACAUGUUUCGAUGUGACAGGUGUUUCACCAUUUUCUAAAGGUGGGAAUCGGUCCUUCACUCCAGGGCAUGCAAUAUCAGCAGCUAUUACUCGCAAACGUAACAAAUACGCCAGUCUAUGUCUGACUCAUGGAUAUGAAUUUGGGGUUCUAUCCUUCUCAACCUUAGGUGAAUUAGAUGAUGACAUUAUCGUCCUUGUAAAUCGUUUGAAAAACUGUAUGGAAAGUCAUGAUGUUAAUAAUAACUUGGGUAGUUCUCUCUUCCAUAGAUUAGUCAGCCUAGAUAUGAACUUCUGCAGUAAUGUGGUGUUGAACAGGGUUGACAAAACCUUUCAGCUCAUAGACAAGAUUCAAGAGCUGCACGAUCCUCAGUGUGAACUUUUGCUUUUGCGCAACUGUACUGGAGUAUCGAGGUUAUAUUUUUCCAUACGCACUACUUGCCCCAAGGCGAUUCAGAAUGUUGCCACGCGCUUUGAUGAUUAUCUUAUGCAGUAUCUUCGUCGUCUUAUAGUCGGGGAUGGGGCUGGUUUUGGCUUAGUCUAA